UGUGUGUCCAUAGUGGCCCAGACACCAGCCCCAGGGGACUCUGACUCUGAGGGGGUUCUGCAGCGGGCAACAGAGGCAUACAGGUACAAACAGACACACACUCACUAUGGCCGACCAUGCCAUUUUAAGGAUAAAGACAAAAGGCCUGCACUCAGUAGAUGCUGCUCCCAAGUGCUUUGUUCUUGUGUGUGUGUGUCUUACAGGGCAGCCAAAGUUAAAGCCCAGAGAAUAGGAGAGGUGGUGCGGGCCUUUGCUGGUGCGUACUACGAGGACCACAUCAAACCAGUGGCUGACCCCUACAUGGACUGGGCCUCAGCCUCCACCAGUUCCUUCUGGGACAGAGUCAAGGAAAAGAUCGACCAGUACAGACCCAUCUAAUGGCACCUGAAUCUAAGGCAGACAAACACGCACCCAGCUCACUGCUAGCACAUAUACUCAUGCAAGGUGAUACUAGGACUGAUUCUAUGUUCAUAUGCACUAGGGAUUACAAGUAGGACAUUUGUGUUACAAUGUUUUAGACGAGCACGUGAACACUGCUGUAUGAUUUGGCUGGUGAAUGACGACACCCGUUUAUUAGUGUUACACUAACCUCAGCACAAGGGUUGUGAUAGUAUUAAAACUGCCCUAGAGUGUAGUAGUAAUCAUACCGUUAUCAAACAAGGGUCACAUAUUGCAUCUGAGUGAGUCAAUUAACUAUUGUGAACCACCAAAUUGAAUCAGCACUAAAUAAAAGAAAACAUUCAAUAAUACCAUUAUAGUGUUGUGCCUUUUCAUAAACUUUCCCUUGACAAUGUCUACACUGCCCCCAUUCAUCAGUCUCUGAACUGAAUGAAGUAGAAAGUUGAGAGAGACUGAGAAUAGAUUUUAGAAUAGCAGAGAGAAAGCAACAGUGAACGACAAAGAGGGAGAGAUAGAAUGAGACCGAAAGAAAGAGACAGAUGGAUGGACAGACAGACAGACAAAGAGAGAGAGAGAGACAGACAGACAUACAUACAGAGACAUCAGUGAUGGGAGUGAUGUCUACAGACUGUGCUGAAAUCGAAGUGUUACCUAGGUGAGAGUUGACAGUUGAGAUAAAAGGUUCAGCAGGUGUGUCUGGCAAGAGGGGAGAUGUGUGUGACCUGCAGGCCGUUUCUUUCAGCUUUCUCUGUGUGGACUGCAGACAUCGAUCCUGGAACACAGUCAAGACACUCAGGGCCCUGUUCCAUUCAAUCAAAACCAUAAUCUGACUAACUGGGAUACAUGAAACACAUUCAAAUAGACAGUGAGAAUGGACCUUAGCGUGAAAAAGCUGUUGAGAUGAUUUUUGUUAUACAUUGUGAAGAGAGUUUUGUUGUUGAUUUCGUGAAUUAUGAAUGUGUGCAAGAUUAAUGAUUUUCAAUGAGUUACAUAGAGGCAGUCAAGCAUACUGGUUUAUGUUCCACACAAAUGCUGACAAAUCAAUUAUAAUGCUUAACACGAUCAUUCAUUCAAACAAAAAUCUAUUUCAUGCACUGAUAUGUGAACAUUUUUGUGGGGGAAUUGACGCUUUCCUAUGUAUGCAGAAGAGUGCAUAGCAGCAUAAAUAGAUUUCAGAAUCCAAUCAAAGUGAUAAUCUGGAUGCAUUGCAUCACUUGUCUGGACAUACAUAUGAGGGGACUCAAGUGCAAUGGACUUUGUGUAGGCGAACGAGUGUGUGGAUGUUUGUCCCAUAGGUACAGUGGGUUCUGGUGAGUCUGGGUGCGUGGGUGUGUGUGUGUGUGUGCAUGUGUGUGUGUUUGUGUAGGUGUUUGUGUGCGUGCGUACGUACGUGUGUGCAUACUCUUUAGAUGACGUUUGUUUACACUCCUCCCUAUAUCAUGGUGUCUACUUGUCCAGACUGCUUUACAGACAACUCAGCCACCAGAGAAGACUGUCAUUUAUUUCACUGGGAUCUGUACACCCACUACAACAGGAGGUCAUCUUUUUCUCUGUCUUCGCUCAACUUUUAUAGAUACAUUAUUUCAAUGCUCUAGCAAUCUCUAACAUUUUUAAUUAAUUAAUUAAUUAAUUAUUUACUCAUGUAUUUUAAGAUGCAUCUUCCUUUUGUAUCAGUUCUAAACAGCUCAUCAGUUUCAUUGAUGCCUGAUCAGAAUGGUCUGGUUUCUUGUCUAAUAAAUAGGCAGGCAUUGCAUUGAACUUAAUCUAAAUAAUGCAUAUAAAAUCCUAUUUGGUUUGUCUUUUUCUUUCAGAGAUGAACGGAAAAUUGGCAUUAGCCUUCGUGCUUGCGCUUCAAGGUAAGACCUAGAACCUACAACACACAUCCUGCAGAACUCAAAACAGAUUUGUGUUUUUCUUUCAGAAAUGAUUGCUUAUGGGUACCUUCAUGUGUGUGUAAAGUAUUGUUUACUGUUCUCAGAUGUUUAAUUCAUAGAUUUGAGAUGUGUCGAAUGUAGUUUUUGUAAAAUGCUAUUAGUUUUUUGUGAAAUGAAUGAUCCUUAUACCAAGCUGCUUGCCUAUGUCCUGUAGCCCAUCCACUUGUGCGGUCUACAUGUAUCCGGAUGUCCUACCAGCUCUCUUUGAUGGUGGAGAUCUGGUAGUAUGUUUGAUGAGUGUUAACAGGUGUCUUAUACAGUACCAUGUUACAAACGGUGCGUUGAUACAGGUAAUGAUGGAGAACAGGAGGGCUCUAAAGAAAAACAAAGUCUUGAGGCCGGAAUCUUCUGGUUUGUAGGCGUCAAAACUGUAUGUUUUUAUAAUGCAAUAAGUACUUAAAAAUAUACAUGUAUUUCUGGAUUUUGUUUGUAUUCCGUUCUCAUGAAGGUACCAUGAGUAAAUUACGACUCUACAUGCUUUGUAAGUAGGAAACUUGCAAAAUCGGCAGUGUAUCAAUACUUGUUCUAUGAAAGAGAUGUGUAUUUUAGGGUAAUCUUCCCUCAUUCUGUUUCUAUGACAGAUGCCAUGGAAACGGAUGAGUUGCUCCUCUUGCUCAUUCAAGGUGUGGCUGUGCAUGUCAACAUGUUUUACUGUCUGUCUAUUCUAUCCUCCAUUGAACUGCUGACAUGGACUGGUAUAUUUGAGUAUGGUUUCCAUAACCUACGUACCCUGUGACCUUCUCCUCCAUAGCAUGUGGUCAUAGUGGCCAGACACCAGCCCAGGGGACUCUGACUCGAGGGGGUUUGCAGCGGGCAACAGAGGCUACAGGUACAAACGGACACACACUCACUAUGGCCGACCAUGCCUUUUAAGGAUAAAGACAAAAGGCCUGACACUCAGUAGAUGCUGCUCCCAAGUGCUUUGUUUCUUGUGUGUGUGUGUCUUACAGGGCAGCCAAAGUUAAAGCCCAGAGAAUAGGAGAGGUGGUACGGGCCUUUGCUGGUGCAUACUACGAGGACCACAUCAAACCAGUGGCUGACCCCUACAUGGACUGGGCCUCAGCCUCCACCAGUUCCUUCUGGGACAGAGUCAAGGAAAAGAUCGACCAGUACAGACCCAUCUAAUGGCACCUGAAUCUAAGGCAGACAAACACCCACCCAGCUCACUGCUAGCACAUAUACUCAUGCAAGGUGAUACUAGGACUGAUUCUAUGUUCAUAUGCACUAGGGAUUACAAGUAGGACAUUUGUGUUACAAUGUUUUAGAAGAGCACGUGAACACUGCUGUAUGAUUUGGCUGGUGAAUGACGACACCCGUUUAUUAGUGUUACACUAACCUCAACACAAGGGUUGUGAUAGUAUUAAAACUGCCCUAGUCUAGUAGUAAUCAUACCGUUAUCAAACAAGGGUCACAUAUUGCAUCUGAAUGAGUCAAUUAACUAUUGUGAACCACCAAAAUGAAGCAACACUAAAUAAAUAAAAACAUUCAAUAAUAUCAUUAUAGUGUUGAGCCUUUUCAUAAACUUUCCCUUGACACUGUCUACACUGCCCACAUUCAUCAAUCUCUGAACUGAAUAAAGUAGAAAGUUGAGAGAGACUGAGAAAAUAUUUUAGAAUAGCAGAGAGAGAGGCAGAGAGAAAGCAACAGUGAACGACAAAGAGGAAGAGAUAGAAUGAGACCGAAAGAAAGAGACAGAUGGAGGGACAGACAGACAGAUGAGAGAGAGAGCCAGACAGACAUACAUACAGAGACAUCAGCGAUGGGAGUGAUGUCUACAGACUGUGCUGAAAUCGAAGUGUUGCCUAGGUGAGAGUUGACAGUUGAGAUACAAGGUUCAGCAGGUGUGUCUGGCAGGAGGGGAGAUGUGUGUGACCUGCAGGCCGUUUCCUUCAGCUCUCUCUGUGUGGACUGCAGACAUCGAUCCUGGAACACAGUCAAGACACUCAGGGCCCUGUUCCAAUCAAAACCAUAAUCUGACUAACUGGGAUACAUGAAACACAUUCAAAUAGACAGUGAGAAAGGACCUUAGCAUGAAUAAGCCUUUGAGAUUCUUUUUGUUAUACAUUGUGAAGAGAGUUUUGUUGUUGAGUUCGUGAAUUAUGAAUGUGUGCAAGAUUAAUGAUUUGCAAUUAGUUACAUAGAGGCAGUCAAGCAUACUGGUUUAUGUUCCACACAAAUGCUGGCAAAUCAAUUAUAAUGCUUAACACGAUCAUUCAUUCAAACAAAAAUCUAUUUCAUGCACUGAUAUGUGAACGUUUUUGUGGGGGAAUUGACGCUUUCCUACAUAUGCAGAAGAGUGCAUUGCAGCAUAAAUAGAUUUCAGAAUCCAAUCAAGUGAUAAUCUGGAUGCAUUGCAUCACUUGUCUGGACAUACAUAUGAGGGGACUCAAGUGCAAUGGACUUUGUGUAGGCGAACGAGUGUGUGGAUGUUUGUCCCAUAGGUACAGUGGGUUCUGGUGAGUCUGGGUGCGUGGGUGUGUGUGCGUGCGUGCGUGUGUGUUCGUGUAGGUGUUUGUGUGCGUGCAUACUCAUUAGAUGACGUUUAUUUACAGUCCUCCCUAUAUCAUGGUGUCUACUUGUCCAGACUGCUUUACAGACAACUCAGCCACCAGAGAAGAGUGUCAUUUAUUUCACUGGGAUCUGUACACCCACUACAAAAGGAGGUAAUAUUUUUCUCUGUCUUCGCUCAACUUUUAUAGAUACAUUAUUUCAAUGCUCUAGUAAUCUCUAACAUUUUAAAUUAAUUAAUGAAUUAAUGAAUUAAUGACUCAUGUAUUUUAAGAUGCAUCUUCCUUUUGUAUCAGUUCUAAACAGCUUAUCAGUUUCAUUGAUGCCUGAUCAGAAUGGUCUGGUUUCUUGUCUAAUAAAUAGGCAGGCAUUGCAUUGAAAUCCUAUGUGGUUUGUCUUUUUCUUUCAGAGAUGAACGGAAAAUUGGCAUUAGCCUUCGUGCUUGCGCUUCAAGGUAAGACCAUCAAUUGAACAACCCCAUGCCAUGAUUAGAUAGUGAAAAACACACCAAUCUCUUUCAUAAUGUCUUUAAACAAUAAAAGCUAAUUUGCCAACAUUUAUGAAAAUGGAUAUAUAGCGUUCAUUCCAGCUGUUUAUAAAACAGAAGGUAAUAGCUACCUUUGACCUGCAGCUGUGAACCUGUCAGUGACAGUGAGAGAACAUGUCAGCAACAGGAAUGUAUAGCAGUUAGUUGCAUGCUUAUCUGAGAGGUGAUAGGCUUUGAACUAUAGGCUGACCACAUUGAGCAGUGACACUAUGGACAUCGAACCCCACUGCUACAAUAUCAGCAGAGAUAAGAGAGAUCUCAGAUGUCAGGUUGAAAUGGCCUUUGAUUAUUACAGCCAAGUUUACUCAUCAUGAGAACGAUCAAAACCCUGUGACUACCUCCAUUACACAGACACAGACACAAAAUCAACCUUACUCACACACACUGCCUGGUUAUGCGAAGCGUAUUAGUAUAUUAGGGCUAUUUUGUGGCUAAAGUUAGUCCAGUGGUUUUAGAUACUCAAUAACAGCAGUCAAGCAAGUGCAAUUAAUUAAUAAAAACGAUCUUUCCCCUGUCUCCCCUCCAGUCUCUGUGUGCCUGUGUCAGGUACCAGAGCCCGACAAGGAGCUGGUGGAGAAGUAUGAGGACAUGAAGUCUGUGUUCUACAGGAGGCUGCUGAACGCCUACAGCAAGUUGCAGGCUGCUGUGGGGCCUUUGACUGAGAACAUGGGCCAGGGCCAGGCUGCCAAAGACUACAUCGAGGAGCUGCAGGGCAAUCCCAAAUUCCAGAGCGUUGUCAAGAUCGGAACGUGAGUGCCCCACCCCGACUCACCCGAGUUACUUGUCCCGUCAUCCCAUUGAGUCGAUCUGUCAGUCUGUCGAUGUCCUUCUGUUGUCCUGCUUGUUUGUCUGUCUAUCCGUCUGAUGUACUGUCAGUUCUUCUGUCUAUCUGUCCAUAACUUUGAAGUAGGACUUCAAAUGAUUAUAGGAUCUUAGAUACUGGCGCUUCAUGCCUAUCAACAUGUUACCUAGAUAUUUUACCAUUCUCCAUUAAACGUUCACCACUGGACACAUCAGAACUUGGUUAAAAUACUAUUUCAGGUAUUUCCAUUACAUUUCAAAACAAGUAUUCAGAUCAUCUUUAUUUGAAAAAACAAGUAGUUGGAAAUACACUUGGAAAGUAUUUGAAAAUUCUCAAAUACACUGGCUCAAAUACACUCCCAUGCAUUUAACCCAGGUAUUUGAAAUACUUUCAAAUACAAUUUGAAAGACUAUUUGUUUCAGUUUUCUCAAUUAACCAUUACAAUACUCAAUUAAAAGUACUUGUUUUGGGCUGUGUAAUUCAGAAUACUCAAAUACACAGAUAUUUAUUUUAAAAUAAAAAAAUACUCAAAUACACAUGUAUUUGAACCCAGGUCUGAGACACAUAUGAUGGCUGUUAACCUAUUACAUUACUGACAUCCCCUCCUGUCUUUGUGUGUGUGUUGUCCAGUGGUCUGGCCCAGGAAGCAGCACCCUUGGUGGACAAGGCCCGUAUGGCCGGUCUGGGUCUGUACGGACACUACGUGCGCCCCCAUGUCGGCACCUACCUGGAUGAGGCCAUCAAAUCCAUCAAGGUUUACCUUGACAAACUCCUGCCUGCUGAGAAUUGA